AUGGCUAUUUUACAAUACUUCUUGUUUCUGACCCUGGCUUGUGCGGACUCUCUGGUGGUCAACUUGGGCUAUGCGAGUUACCAGGGUCACUCGACCGAUAAUGAAAUAUCCCAGUGGCUAGGAUUGCGCUAUGCAGCUCCGCCGGUGGGAAACUUGCGCUUUGCAGCGCCACAAGAUCCCCCAGUUGUAACUGGUGUACAACAAGCUAAUAAUUACGGCCCCCUCUGCAUCCCAGUGGCUAAGAGCUUAAACUCACCUAUACCAAGCGGUAAUUCCGAAGAUUGUCUAUUCUUGGAUGUCUUUGCUCCAACAGAUGCAUUUACUUCUGGCAAGAAACUUCCCGUGUUCUUCUGGAUCCAGGGAGGGGGGUUUGCGGAGUUAUCCAAUCCUAACUAUAGCGGAGCUGGCUUGGUUGAAGCCUCUGAUAAUAACAUUGUUGUUGUGAUGCUUAACUACCGUGUUGGUCCUUAUGGAUUCCUUGCUGGAGAAGAAGUUGAGCAGGGAGGUAGCCUGAACAAUGGUCUGAAAGAUCAGCUUAAGGCAUUGAAAUGGGUGCAGAAGCAUAUCAGCAAGGUACAUUAUACCACUACCCACUUUGGUGGUGAUCCCAACCACGUUGUUAUAGGCGGUGACAGUGCAGGAGGAGCAUCUGUGACUCUUCUGCUAUCGGCAUAUGGAGGGCGCAAUGAUGGACUCUUCAUCGGGGCAGCAGCAGAGUCACAGAGCUUCGGCACAGUCCUCAACGUCACAGAAAGCCAAUUCGCAUAUAACAGGCUAGUACAACGUACUGGUUGCCAAGACAAGUCAGACACCUUAGCAUGUCUGCGCAGUCUAGACAUCAGCGCCCUCCAAGGACAGAACAUUGUGACACCAUUCCCAGGAGCAGCAGGUGACCCUCUAUACCUUUACGGCCCAACAAUCGAUGAUGACGUAGUCCACGAUCACACAUAUUCACUUUUCGAACAAGGCAAAUUCAUAAAAGUGCCCGUGAUAUUCGGCGACGACACAAACGAAGGCACGAUCUUCGUCUCCAGAUCCACCGCCAGCGUCGAGGACGCCGACCAGUUCAUCAAAGACCAGUACCCCAUCAUGACAGAUGACCAGUUAUACAAAAUCAACGCCAUGUAUCUCACGCCAGACGAUACAGAAACAUACCCCGACGCUGGUCCAUACUGGCCACCAGCCAGCACCGCCUACGGGGAACUGCGCUACAUUUGCCCAGGAAUACACAUGUCAUCAAUAUAUGCAGCAGCCGGCGUGCCAAAUUGGAACUACCAUUACGCAGUAGUUGAUCCAGACGCAGCAGCAUCUGGAACGGGGACGUCUCAUACCGUUGAAGUGAAUGCCAUCUGGGGACCAGACUAUGUCAGCGGUGUCCCUCCUACUUCAUAUUACACUACCAAUGCGGGAAUUGUUCCCAUCGUACAGGGUUACUGGACUAGUUUCAUCCGAUCUCUUAACCCUAAUACGUAUCGGGAUGCUUCUAGUCCUGAGUGGAAAGCUUGGGGCGAGGGCGAUGAUGCGUAUAAGCGGAUAUUUCUUCGGACUAAUGAGACUCGUAUGGAGAAGGUAUCACAGGAGCAGAAUGAUCGUUGUAAUUAUUUGAUUGGGAUUGGGAUUGAGUUGAGACAGUAG